UCUCAACCGCUGCUUUUUCAUUUUUUAGGGAAAAAAAUCGUCAUGGAGGAGGAGAUGAAGCACUCGCCACCGCUAAACACUUCGACAACCGCUGCAACCGCCGCCGGAAAUAGAGGGCAAGGGACUUCUUUGAUUUCUCGACUGAAGAAAGAUUGCUUAGCUUUUGGAGUUUCUUUGCAAGAGGGAUUUCGAUACGUUAAAGCAACCAUAGUUGGUCAGGCAAAAAUGCUGAAAGCGAAGGAUGAGAAGGAAGCGGCAACAGCUGACUUGCAAGCUCAAAAAAUGCAGGUCGAAGCAGCUGAUGAAGCUGAGAAUGACAAGAAAAGAAUCUAUAAAUCCAUGUAACCAAAUUACAUAACUGUACAUUCAAGUAACACUUUUAAAUAAAAUCCCUUUGUUUUAUUUCAACCUGGUAUCUGUAAAUGUAGCUCUUCAUGUAUGAGAAACGUGUAAACAUAAUUUAUAUAGAUAUUGAGAUUCCAAAUAUAUCUA